CCAGUCUAACCUAUAAAUACAGGGCAGCAUCAGUUUUAACAUAUCAUACAUAAUCAUAGCCUAUUCUUCUUGGUUACAAUGGCGGAGAGCUCGAUCUCGACCAAGUCAUCUUCAGCUGACAUGGCACCGGAUAAACAAUCAGACCCCAAACCACCUUCGUCAUUGAAGUUAUUUGGUUUCUCACUAACUGAACAGAAAGAUGAAGUUUUAGAGAAAGCUGAGGAUUUCGGAGAAAGCAGGAAAUUCGAGUGUCCAUUUUGCCACCGAGUAUUUUCCAACUCUCAAGCACUGGGAGGACAUCAAAAUGCACAUAAGAGAGAGCGUCAGAGAGCUAGGCGUGCCCAGUUGCAUAGCCAGCAACUGGUCAUAGGCGCAUCUGCGCCUGUUCUAAACUCCCAUUCCAUAAGGUCGAUGCCGCCCACGUUUACCAGAGGGCUCACUAGCAAUGGUGCUGCUGCUAAAUUUGUGCUGCAACCAUGUUAUUUUCCUUCACAGCCACUGUUGCUUCCCUCGACUCCUCAAAUUUACAUAGCACAACCACAGCAUUUUGGCACAGCCACCACACCGUUAACCAGAUUUUCCAGUAAACUGCCGGAGGAGGACAUAGGCCUCGAUCUUCAUCUUAAACUUUCUCCUUCAGGUUGUUAGAUAUCAUAUAAUCUCUCGCUAUAUAAUAUAUAAGUAUACCAUGGAGCUUAAUUUAUGCCCUUUCUGCCUUUGUAUUUUCCUUUUUGGUUAAAUUUUGCAUGGAACGUGUAUCUUUCAUUGAAACAUCUUUGAAUGUGUUUAAGAGCUCGAUCUUCCGGGCGAUUCUAGUGUUCAAGCCUUAUUAUACCACAGAUGCUUUGGAGUUGAACCUGUGAAAGUAA